AUGGCCAUGGGGUUGCACGCCAUCAUUUUACUCUGUGCUGUUGUGGCAGGAGCUUCAGGGAGAUCCUCAGAGAGUUUAAGUUAUGGAGCUUCUUGUUUUGCAGAGUGUGUAGGACACAGUGCAUGGUACUUCCCCAAAAGAGCUAGAUACAGCUACAGGUAUUCAGCAGUCACCAGCACAUUCCUGCAGGGAAGUAUUCACAAAAGAAGUGGCAUCUCUCUGGAGAGCACAGUGAUCAUCGAGGUAUUGGGGAAUUGCCAGAUGGUUUUGAAAGUGCAAGAUGUACAGAUUAAGAAAAGUUUUGCAUCCAGAGAGGAGCCUCUGAAGGAAAUAGACAGUCUAAGGGGAAUACUAGAACAGCAUCCUCUUCAUUUUUCUUUCCAUGAUGGGAAAGUUCUGAAGCUCUGCCCUGUGAGGAGUGAGCAGCCCUGGGCACUGAACAUAAAACGAGGCAUUCUCAGUGUCCUGCAGACAGCGCAAGCACCCGCUGCCGGUGCCGUUGUUGAGGAGGUGGAUGUUCUGGGAAUAUGCCCAACCAAGUACCAGCGAAAGGGUCCUGUUCUUGUAAAGACAAGGGACUUAAACCUCUGCUCUCAUCGACAUUCUGGUUUUACUUCUGUGCAGUCUGUUGUUCUUCCUCAUGUGUCGUCUGAGCAGCAGGUCCUGUCUUCCAAACUGGAAUGUGUUCAGAGCAUUAAGGAUGGAGUCCUGGCAGAGGCCAGAUGCACCGAGUCCGACCGUGUGACGCUGUUCCCUCAGAAGGGUGGUGGGACAGACACACAGACACAGUCCUCGCUGCAGCUCCUUCAGGUGGAAGCAGACACACUGCACAAAAAAGUGGACUAUGAGGAUCUGUACGUUACCAGCAUUCUCUAUGAAAGGGAAGAAAUGGAGAGGGAGGUCAAAGGAAGGGAAGUGACUGAACUGGUGUGGAAGCUUUGCUUAGCACACAGUGCGAGUUAUGAGACUGCAGGCCUUUUCAUGACCCUCGUGUUUGAGCUCCGACAUCUCUCUCUUGAGGCCUUAAGAGCACUAUGGCAAAGAUCUUCAUUUAAGUGCAGAGACAACUGGCAACCAUUAAUAGAUGCUCUCCCAUCUUGUGCUACAGAGGCAUGUGUUGUCCUAAUGAAAGAACUUGUGGCUUCUGGAGAAGUCGAGGAAGACAAAGUAGAACAUUUCUUCUGGUCAUUUGCAUUCAUUCCUAAGCCCACCUCGGGCAUGAUUGAAUCUCUCGCUCCUUUGCUGGAGUCACCCAGAGCAAGCCAGAGCUGCUUCUUGGGAGUAACUGCUCUCCUACACAGGUUUUGUUUAGCUCACAGCUCCUGUGAUGAUGUACCUGCUGUGCAGGGUGUGCUGAGGAUUCUUGGGAAAUUUUUGGGAGGAAACUGCACUGUGCAAGAUUCAGAACAUCUCAGUGAGAUGCAGCUGGUGUUAAAAGCCGUCGGAAACGCAGGACUGGCAGCGGCUUCGCUGGCUCCUGUUCUGAGCUCCUGUGCUUCCCUGAGCAGUAAUCCCAUGGAAAUCCGCCUAGCUGCUAUCCAGGCCUUCAGGCGCAUUCCCUGCUCUGUCAGGAAUGAUAUUUUAGUUCAGUUAUAUCAAGCAACCAGCGAAGAUGUGGAAAUAAGAAUUGCUGCUUAUUAUAUGGCAAUGAAAUGUCCACAUGAAGAGUUAUUUAAACAAGUACAAAAGACUUUGCUGAAAGAAACAUCCAGCCAAGUGGGCUCCUUUGUUUGGAGUCACCUCUCUCAGAUCCUGGAGACAGAUGAUCCACUGAAGGAGCACCUUCGAGAUUCUAUUCCUGAUGAAAUCCUUAGCAGAGAUUUUGAAAGGGAGGCAUGGAAAUACUCCUCAUAUUCUGAUGUCACGUUCCACUCAGCUGGUGCGGGUGCAAAUGUGGAAGCAUCAGUGGUGUUUUCUCCUGCAUCUUUUCUACCACGCUCAGUCAUGACAAAUCUGACCGUUCACCUUAUGGGACAGGCUGCAAAUCUACUGGAGGUUGGCAUACGAUUGGAGAAUGCUGAAAGUCUGGUACAGAAGGUUUUGGGGCAGAAAUCUGCUUCUUUCAGUGACUAUUUUUUUGGAACCACUAAUGAAAGAAACCACAAAUCAGAAAACCCAGUGGAAACAGCAGAGAAGGUCAAGCAGAGGAAGCUGAAUUUGAAGCGAUACAGCCCCGCUGAUCACCUCAUGACCAAGAGUGGGAGGCCAAAGUUGAGAAAAACAAGCCAGAAUUGUCUUGGUAGAAAGUACAGUAAAAUGAGUGAGUUAGUCAAAAAGUUCACUGAGAGAACGGUGAGAAAGGAGACAUUGAAAUGUGAGCUAAGCAUGAAGAUCUUUGGAAAUGAACUUACCUUCUUAGAUUGUGAAGAUUUAAGAAAACAAAUGAAGCAUUAUUCCUUAAAUCUGGCUGAGUUGGCUGUCAAACUUCUGAAGGGUCAGGAGGUCCAGUUUAAUAAAAGGAUGAGUUUGGCCACUGAAGAAUUGCAGUUUCCAGCAAUUUCAGGCUUUCCUGUUCAGCUGGCAGUCAAUGCCUCGGCAGCAGUCAACAUAAAAAUCAAAGGGAAUGCGGAUUUCAAACAACACUCAAACUUCUUUCUGAACGGGUAUAUCAAGCCAAGUGCAUUUGUUCAGCUUUCUGUGCACAUGGGAACUGUGGGGACUGUGGGACAAGCUGGCCUAGGCUGGCUAACAGGAAUGAGGACAUCUACUAGUCUUGAUGGGGGAAUCCAGGUGAAAAAAGGGCAAGAGCUCAAAGUUUUCUUGAACACUCCAGAAGAAUCUAUGGAGAUAAUUAAUUUCAGCUCUAAACUCUACUUCAGAGGGGUGGAUGAGACAGAAGAGAGAGAUGUUUUCCAAGACCACACAGACACCCGAUCUUGCACCAGGGAGGAAGUGUCAGAGAUUCUUGGCUGGCAGCUCUGUUCUGAAAUGUCAUACCCUGCCCUAGCCAGUGGUUUGGUUUUCCCCCUCACUGGACCUUCGAGAGUGGCUGUCAUAUUAACAAAGAAAGACAGAGGCCUGCAGCAGUACGUUGUGGAAGCUGCAUAUAACUAUAUCCCUCAGGAGAAUUCAUGGAUCCCAAAUGAAGCUGUCUUUCGCUUCUUCAUUGGGACUCCAAAGUCAGACUUGAAAAGGGAUGUUGGUGUUGAUCUCAGUUUUAGUGUCCCACAGAAGAAACUCAGAAUCCAGUUUAUACAACCUAAGAGAAAAAUCGAGAUUGAUGGUAAGAUUGAGUUUUCUAAAAAUUCACGAAUUGGACACCUGGAGCUGAUAGUGGAUGACCGAGACGUGUAUUACAUUAAGGGAAUGACAGAUUUGCAGGUGCUGAGUGGAGAGCAGAGAUACAUGACCCAGCUGGAGGUAAAGCUGAUAAAGCAAAGCAGUCCUGUCAUUCUGUCAGGAAACAUCACUAAACAGCUUGGCAAGAAGAUAGCUUUCUCAGUAUCCCUGAAUAAUUUAUUGAAGGAUGCUGCAUUUCUUUCAGCACUUCUGGAGAAAAAGGUGGAUGAUAAGCUGAGACAAUACUCUUUGGAAGGGGAGACCUGCCUUCCAGGCGUUCUUGGAGCUCACGUCAUCGCUCUUCUCCAGCAACAUGAGGGCCUGUGGUCUCACAGUUUGAGGAUAAAGUAUGGGAUCCUAGGAGAGGCAAAAAAUCCUCGUCAUGAAUGCAGUAUGAGGCAAAAUAUUAAAGUGGAGACAGGUGCACAUGGAGUGUACAAAGUGGAUAUUGGGCACGAAUUUCACUGUGUGCAGACUCCAACCUACAAUCACAAGGUUCACCUGAAGCAUGAAGCGGGUGCAUCUUGGCUUUCUUCCCAAAUGGAAGUGAAUUAUGGGAAACACUGGGAUGAAAAAAACAACAAGAAGAAACUGCUGAUCAGCCAAGCAUUUAAGAACAGUUCCAGUCCAUCUGUAGUCAGCUAUUUCAUGGAGUUUGCCCUGCAAGUCCUGGAAAAGCAGGUGAAUUACAGAACCCAGCUGCAGCACUUGCACACCUCUAAGGUGUAUUUGCAGAGCAGCACCAACUUUGAGGUGCAGUACAAUGACCACAUGCCAUUUGUGGCUGGGCUGCAGUGGAAGGACGCAUCCAGAAAUGGCCUGAAGAAGUGGGAAGGUGGGUUAAAUCUAGACAUCCCAUGGCUGUAUCUGUAUGCAGCUCACAAACUACAUCAGCCUCAGAAUUCUGCUUAUUUACUGACCACCGAGCUGACAACUGGAAAAGCUCUCUCCAUUAAGAAUCUCGUAGUGGAACUGUUCUAUAAAGAUCAAGGCAAUGAAAAGGAAGGCAAAGUUCACAUUUACACACCAGCUACCACAUACCUGCAGGCAUCCACAUUUAAUCGUCUCGGGAGGAAUGUUCUGCAUAGCUAUGGUGAAAUGAUCUCUCUGUGGAAUCAGCUCGUGAAGAAUGAGAUUCAUUUGGAGAAUAAUGAACGAGCCAAACUUCUCUGCUUUAAGAUAACAAGUACAAAACAGGAAUUUAACUUCACAGCCAGCUAUCAGAAUCUGCCAACGCCAAAGAAGACAAACCUUUCUGUGAAGAUUGUAUGGAGAGAUUAUAAAAGUCUGCCUGUCAUACUGCAGUUGGAAGGUCAGAUAGAGGAGCUGAAGAAGGAGAAGAUGCUCUAUCAGAAACGUGGAAUCCUCCAUUUCAGGCAUCCUUUUAAAGUGCCCUUUCUGCAGAGCUUCCUUCUACAGGAGACUUUUACUGUUGACAAAAAGCAAAAGCACUAUUUCAUGGAGACAAAGGUUUUGAUAAAUGGGGUUGAGGAAACAGUUCAAACUCUUAUACUUGGUUACCAACCUGAAAACCCCUAUAUUUGUGCUGGCCUAACUCAUCCUUAUAACCACAAGUUGUUCCCCAAAGAUGUUGAAAUAUGCAUUUUAACUCUAAGUCAUCAAAAUGUGAAGAAUGAAUUUGAGACUAUCUUGAAGGUGAAUAAGGAAGAUGUCCUCAGCUUUCUAGGGAGGUAUCAGAACAAAUCCAGUGAGGCUGAUUUUAGACAUCUUUUGCACAUGGAUAUGACACAGUCAUUCCAGCUUGAGUUUCCACAGGCAAUGGGCCUCAGUGGGGAGCUGUUUUCUAGGCAGAACAAACUGGAACACUUUGACUGUGGUGUGAGUGUAAAAGCCAUCAUCAACAAGAACGUGUCUUCACAGGCCCAGGCAGCCCUGAGGAGUUAUGGUGAGAGCAACUUCAAUGGCUCUCUUCACCUUCACUCCAGUGGAAGGGACAUGCUGAUGCUGGAGCUCGAUGUGAACAAUGAAAACAGGAAGAAUGGCAGAGCUGUUGCACUGAGGGCUUUUCUCCAUCAGACAAUCCUGACAAACCCAGAAUCAAUACAGCUGCAGCUCAUUGGCAAAAUGUUUCCAUCAAGAACUGUGGUUAUUUCUGUCCCAAAGGACUCUCUCCACAGUAAUAACUUCUGCCUGUUACAGAAUGGCAGUCUGGCAAUCCCAGUGGGGGCAAGACUGAAAGGGCACCUGGAGCUGAGUAAAGAGAUGAAGAGGGGGCUAGCCAGCUUCCAGGUGGAUGAGAAGGCUCUUUCCGUGGAUUUUUUCAAUAUCACGAGUCAUGGGCACAGCAGAGUCAGUGGGACUUUCACACAUAACAUCGACUUCUUAAAAAAUGCAGGAUUGCCAUGGGAUGGCAUUCUUACUGCCAGGUGUGAGCGUGGCACAGGGAAUCACACUGUUGCUGUAGCCCUGCAGAGUGGCAGGGAAGGGAUUACUGUUGAGUUUGGAGGGCACAGACUGGCCACAGAACCUCCUAAAUCCCAGCUCUCUGUGAGCUUAAAGCACAACAUCUCAAAGAUAAAGGAACAAGGGAUCCCUUUUAUUGUAGAGGCUGCUGGCUAUUAUGAGAAUUUCACCACAAAGAUUGCUGCAGGGAUAACAACCACAGUGGAGAAGGAACAGCUCAAAAUUGAAAUAGAGAAGGAAAUCACUGACAGUGCUGUGGAAAUUUCUCUCUCACUUCACCAUGAUGUGGGAGGACUGAUGGACAUUGUUCCACGUGUACUAGAGGUUUCUUGCAGUGGAGAAUCUGCUAACAAACAACUUUCUGGCCUUUGCAAUGGUGCAAUUGCAUUUCAUCAUUUUGAGACUCCAGCAAGAGUUUCACUGAAUGGGUCAAUGUUUACCAGCAACUUUACUGUCAUCUUCUUGGGACAUGUUUCCUUUCAUGACACGUUUGCCUGCCUGCAGCUCCACGCCACUGCCAACAUCCAGCCUCAUCUGGAAAUCCAUUUCCAGCAUUCUUUGCCUUCACUUCAUUCUCUGGGGAUUGCCAGAGAGAACCAAGUGAAGGUGUCAGCCCUGAGAAGUGACAAGUAUAAGGGCAUCCUUGGUGUUGUCCUUGGGCCUUGCAGUCUGAAAGCUGAUGGAGAAGUGAACCUGGCAAGCAAUCAAACACAGUGGGUACUUACUGUCAGGAACAAGUGUGUCAGUCUGGAGGAGGUGGGAUUGCCUCGUGCAGUGGUCUUUGGGGGCUCAUUUCAACAGAACAUCUGCAACGUGGGCUUGUUAAUGAACCUCCAGUGUGAUGGCAGAACAGUUGAUGUGCAGAUAGACACUUCCUGCCAACACGAAUACACACUCCAAGGGAUGCUCAGGCACUCACUUCCCUGGCUCAGUCAGCUUGGGCUCCCUUUGGAAAACUCUGUCUUGUUCUCUGCAGCCACAGACUCUGCCACAGAGAGCAUUUUGUUGCUGCAGGCUGGCAGAUGCAGACUUAAGGCUAGAGGAGAUCUCUGUAUUCAGGAUAAAGCUGAAUGGACACUGGAAACAGAAUCAGAAUGUCAACUUCUGCAGGAUCUCAGUUUCCCAACUCAGUCACGGCUCACAGGAUCCAUUCAGAAAGACAAGUGCCAAGCAGAGCUUCUCUCAGUCCUGGAAACAGAAGGCAAAACUGCCCAUCUUGAAGUGAGAGCAGAGUGCAAGCCAAAGAUUACACUGGAAAUUCAGUUCAGGCAUGACCUCCCCCAGCUGAAGGAAAUCCCAAGGGAAAAUGAGCUGUCCAUCACUGCACGGAAACAGCUGAAAUAUUUCCUUGGAAUAGGAAUGAAAGUGGGUGCUUGUGAGCUUCAAAUGAAUGGGGACUUUGACCCUGAAAAGAAGCUUCAGUGGAAAAUGCUUAUAGAAAAUAAAUGCCAAACAAUUCAGGACCUUGGAGCACCAAUGAAAAUUGAUGGGUCAGGCUACAUUUUGACGGAUAAAAUGAACCUGGAUUCACAGACAUUGAUCACUGUUGAUGAAAGUAAAUUCCAAGGACUCCUGAUACUCAAAGUCACUGAUGAAAGGCAAGAGCUGGAUGCAGUGCUAACCCACAACAUUCCAGGAGCUGCUGACAUUGGCAUUCCUAUGAAGAUGUUAAUUGAUGUGAUAUCAGAAAAAAACAGUGACUUCUAUAAAAGAUUUAUUCAUUUCUGUGUGAACAGCAAGCAAAUUACAGAAGAACUGAACUUCGUCCAGAAGUUGGAUGUUGUGUCUCUUAACUACAAACUCACUCAUAACUUAGAGGUGCUGAAGACUUUGCAAAUAAAAGACAGGAUUGAGCUGCAGGCUAUCUUGAACCUGGAAGUCACCAAGAGCUUUAGUAUGAAAGUGCUUUAUGGUACUCACCUAACAGUGCUUGAAGGACAAAUCCAGGAGUUUGAAACAAGUACCAACAUAACAGGGAAUUUCCAUCACACUUUGCCAUGGCUGCUACAAGCCAGAGUCCCACCAUCUUUACAGGUAGAUGUGGUUUUUCAAGGGAGAAACACUACUCAAGAAAGAUAUGUACAUAUUGCAGCUGGAGAAACAUCAAUCACAUACAUAAUAAACUCCUAUUAUGUUGGUCACCAAGUGGAUAUCUUCUGCCAAAGUGUACACAGCAGUGAGGUACUCCAGGCAGCUGGUUAUCCUAAGGCAAUCAACUUGAUUCUCAACUUACAGGAAUCAGAAAACAAAGCCAAGACUGUCUGUGAAAUCCAAUAUGAUGAGAAAGAUAUAACUGUGACUGUGGAUGUUGGCACAGACUUUCAACUCUUCGGUGUAUUUGUGUUCAUGGCAGAGGUGAAGCAUUCCAUAUCACUUCUCCAUCAUCUGGGACUUCCCUUCUUUCUUAAGGUGACAAUUCAGGAAGUCCUGACUGAAAAUGAAACUGCAGGAGCUCUGAGGCUGACCUAUGAACAAAACACGAACUUCUCCUUUGCCAUCAGUAGGAAAACAGACCAGCAAGGUGGGCUACAUUCUGCCCCUGGGAUGCACACAGAUUUUUCACUGAGGUCAAAGGUGCUCUUUGGUCUCCUCUACCUUUGUGUGAAUGCAUCAAAAACUGGGAGCUGGGUAAAUUAUGAUAUGAGUGAAGCAAAAGGCAAACUCUGCCUCAGGAUGGAAAAAAGGGAUUUUAAUGUUUCAGCGAAGCUCACUUUGACUGGAACCAGCUACACCAAUGCCCUUGAAAUAGUACAGACCAUGUCCCAGUUAAAAAUGGUUCCAAGGCAGCUUGUGUUUAUGACUGUUUACCAAAAGGGCAACAGGACACGUAUGUUGAGGCACAUUGCUCUGUGGGAUGGCAAAGAGACAAAGGUAACAGGCACUUACACUGGACUCUUCCCAAAGUUGCCUGGAGGUCACAACAUUCAGGUGGAACUUUUCCAUCCUCUCUCCAUCCCUUUCCCACGGCAUGCCAGGGUCAACUUAUAUGUGAAACAUUCGGCACGUCAUCACCGGGAUGAUCUUACUGUCAUUUGGAAUGAGGAGGACCAGAUAUCAGUGUCAUCUUCUCUGAAGUUUGGAAGACACCGGACAAACUACAGAGCCACUGUUGCCCACCCAUUUAAUUACACCCUGAAGCAACUGGAGAUCCAUUCCCUGUCAGAAAGAAGGGGCAGAAAGUACAACCAGCAGCUGCAGCUGGCAGGGAAUGCUGGGCAGCCUGCUGACAUCCGACUGACCCUGGAAGAUAAAUCCAAGGUGGACAUCACCGCCUGGGCGGGCUGUGUGACACUCUCUGCAGGCCAGCUUCAGAGAAUAUUAAGUAUGGAACACCUGCAUGCAUGUGGGUCUCUAGAGCAAAAAUCAAUACUGUUUAAUGAAUAUCUAGAUCUGAACUGGGAUGACAAGAAAAUCAAACACAAUUUAACAUAUGAGAGAAAUCAAUUCUUGUAUCGUGAUAAAUUCCAGUUAGAAGCUGUCCUAGAAAAUAUUUUCCUGACCCCAUGCACCAAACAGAAGAUUCUGGGUAAAAUAGAAACAAACUACUGCUCUUCCCUGGAUCAUUACACAAGCUUUGAGCUCUGUGACCUUCGAAAUGUAAUUGUUUUAUCUGGAAAACACCAGCUCAACAAAGAUAACAUCAUUUUGCAGUCAGAGGGCAGAUUCCACCUUGGCGAUCACAGGACAGAUGGGGGGUUGAUUGGAGUAUCCAUAAAGAACCAGAGCACUGCUGAUGUGAAGAACUAUUCUAUGGAAAUUGAUUUAAGAGCCUUUGAAGAUAUUUGGCUAGGCCUGGCAGGAACUGCUACUUCCUCAUCUGUCCAGAGCCAAAUCCUGGUGGAGGGGAAUAUUGAUCAGAAAGAGAAAGUAAAAGUGGCAGCUUCAAAGGGAAAGGAGUGCAUUCAGUACUACCUGGGGUAUCUGAAAGGGGAUUUGGAAGAAGGAAUGGAAGUCAGUGCUUGUUCUGAUGGGCAGGAGAUGGCUGCCAUUAACACCUAUCUCAGCAUCAAUGGAGAAAGGCAGGAAAACACGGGACAAGUGACUCUAGCAGCUGCUAAUGGAAGCUUGAGUUUUCUGGCUCAUGGAUGCGGGGAUCCAGUUCUUAAGGCUGAGUACAAGCUUAAUGAAAUUGGGAGUCUUUUGAAAGCCAAACUGAUGGAAAAGAUAAAGAAGUUUGAUGGAUACAUGCGGAGAUUCAGGAGAUCAGUGCAGCAAGUUGGUUUCCUGUCUGAAGCAGCUGGCUGGCCUUCCACAGCCUUGCAGAAGGCAGCAGGAUUCCUGCUCAGCGGGGGCAGAGCUGUCGCCCAGGCGUGGAAGCAAAGCGGAAUCGGGCAGAUCCUGAGGAGCAAGGUCCCGCUUUACCUGGAUAAAGUUCAAGGCAUUGUCCAGCAAAUGCAGAAUGAAUUACAAAAGCCACUAGCAACUUUGAAGGAUGCCUACUAUGACGUAACCUUGAAGCCACUGGAUGAGGUCUGGAAAGAGAAGACAGAAGACUACAUGAAGAAAAUCCAGGCUUUUUUACCCAAUAUUGUAAAGGAUGCAUGGCUCAUGGAACCAAUCCAGCUGGCAUUAAAGGUUGUGAAAGCAGCCUUGGAUACGACCACACAGCAGAUGUUCAGGUGGGCAGAGGCCACAUUUUCCAGAGCUGUGAGGAAGAUCCGGAAGCCCUUGCUCAACCUGUACAGUUUUUCAGCCAGGAACUGUUCCGUGGCAAUAAAACUGCCAGUACUGCCCAAAGGAGACCACUCCCUACAGCUGGCAAAUGUUCCUACUUAUCUCGUUGGAGAGAAAAUAAUGAGGCCUCUGCAAGACCUCUACAAAAUCAACAUCCUUGCGGAGUAUUAUAGAUUCAAACGGAGGAUGGUGGAGAGUCCCUUUGAAUAUCAUGCUCUGUUAGUGGGGACCAAGCAUCUUGUGACUUUUGAUGGAAAAAUUUAUGAUUUGGCAUCAAAGUGCAGUGUACUCCUUGCCAAGGAUUUUGUCCACAAUGCUUUCACUAUAAUACUAAGUGAGGAAACCAGUAACUCAAGAUCACUGUAUGUGGAGAUGAACCAGACUGUGAUCAGUAUCCACCCAAGACUGAAGAUCUCCAAGAUGUUCUCCUUUACAGAAGAGAACUGCCAAGUACUGGAUAAAUCACUUGAAAAGAACACCACUAAUUCAAGGAGAGAAACCAACAAAAUAGAAAUAUCUAAUCAGAAAGGAGUUUCUCUAUCCUGUGACUUUCAGUAUGAUCUCUGUACUGUCACUCUGGCUGGGUGGCACCACGGUAUCUCAGCUGGGCUUUUUGGUACCAAUGAUAAUGAAGCUGGAAAUGAAUGGAUGCUUCCUAAUGGUUCCUUCACUGACAACGUGCAAGAGUUCACACAGAGCUGGCAGGUGAACAAGUGCAGUCUUGUACCGAAGAAAGAGAAGUCAUGUCCAAUUACAGGCAAGCAAAACAUCUGCAAAGUGUUUUUUGAAGAACCACAUUCACUUCUUAGGAACUGCUUCAAAGUUGUGGACCCCGAGCCCUUCUACACCAUGUGUACACAGGACACCUGUGAGUCCCCGGCCCUGGGGGCUGCCUGCAGCUCAGCAGCAGCUUUUGUUCAUCUGUGCAACCGGAAUUUUGUCCCUGUGGAAAUCCCUCCACAGUGCUUGAGCCUGUUCUGAAUGGCACAUACCAGCCCUGGAGAUGGAAGAACCCUUUCAGCACCCUAAAAUAGAAGUUAUUUUAGGUAGACAAGCUAGAGGCAGGAGCAGAACAGUAGCAGUGCAAAUGCAUUAGUGUUAGACAAUGAAUAUAAUGAAGCACAUAUAGUAUAAAAGAAAAGCUUUCCACCAGAACCCCUGAGGGCAAGAGGAAUUAUUUCAGUAUACUGACAAGAAACUAUAAUCAACCAAAGGAAAUUGAACAUAAUAGUAUCAAUUACUUUAAAAGAAUUCUCCCAUUCAGUGGCAAAAUUGUGUCUCCACAAGCCUUGAACCAUAGCAUAAAUACAUUUAAAAGCUGACAAAAGGUCUCUUCCAGCUCAGAUUAGUACAAGUAGAAUACUUUGUGAAAGCAGCAUUAUCAGCUUUGAGUCAGCAGAGAUGCUGACUUCUUUUUUCUCCAGAAAUGAAACUCUGCUGUUCAGCGGUUCUGGACAAAGUUAUCUUUUUUUUUUUUUUUUUCCAAGGGAAGUGCUCCAACACACGAGAGCUACAGUACAAAUAAGAUGGUUAAAUAAUUGAAAGCACUUGAUAAUUUUCUCAUUUUUUAUGCUGGCUGAUUUUUCACUUACUAACGUAUACACUGUUAAAUGAGAAACACCCUUCUUGGUAUCUGUGUACCAGUUUCACGUUCUCCCUUUGUGCCUUUAGAAGCCCUUUCUCAGAAAUCAGCUGAUGUGUUUGGAAAGGGUGAUUGAUAUCUAUCCAACCCAUAAAGUAGCCUUAAGGUGCUAUAGCUGUUGUUGUGUGAAAACGUCUUAUCUGUUAAAUCCUUUUCUAUAUUUUAAGUCUAUUGAUUAAAGAAAUUCAUUACCUUUCUCCACCUGUACCUGGAAGGCAGCUAUUCCUCAGCAAAAGGUUAACACUGCAAAAUCCUUCCCAUGUCUUUACAUAACAUGCAAACGUUGAAAUAAUGGUGUUCUGAACUAGGAGAUAAUGCUAAUAAACAUUUGACUUCCUUA